AUGGCAUUGACUCCCGAUUCCGGUUCGAGUUCCUCGAAGAAAAGUUCCAAGAGCGAGCCUGAGUCAAGAUCAAAUAAUGAAAAUGAAUUCGUGGUACAACAAUUUGACGGUGAAGCCCAGAUCGGCGGCCUAAAUACCGAGGAUUUGGAGCGCCAGUCUCUCACUACCGAAUCUGUGUCUAGAACUAUCAGUCGAAGACUCUCGAACGUGACUGAGUUGUACGAAGAAGCCGCUCAUUCUAAGGAACCCAUGCCAAAAAUGGGUGGAAACAAACCUUAUCCUCCGGCUCUUCCCGACAGAGAGCCAUAUCUUGUUGCAUACGAUGGACCCGAGGAUCCAACAUUUCCUCACAACUGGCCAUUCAAGAAAAAGGUUCUCUCCUCUUUUAGUGUUGGUAUAAGUGCGCUUUCUGUCUCCAUGGGCUCUGCCAUGUUUUCUCUUGGUGCUGCUCAAAUCAUGGCUGAGUUCAACAUCGGCUCAGUGGUUGCAACUCUUGGUACAUCGCUCUUUGUGUUCGGAUUUGCAUCUGGACCCAUCAUCUGGGGGCCUCUUUCGGAAUUGUAUGGAAGAAAAGUAGUUCUUGUCCCCUCGCUUUUUGGCUUCAUGUGCUUUUCGUUUGCUACCGCGACUGCGAAGGAUAUCCAAACAGUCAUGAUCUGCAGAUUCUUCUCUGGUUUUAUCGGCGCUGCCCCCUUGGUCGUUGCACCUGCAUCCAUGUCUGAUAUAUUUUCAGCAAGGAAUCGUGGUAAAGCCAUGUCUAUUUUUGCCAUGAUGUUAUUUGGUGGCCCCAUGCUUGCUCCAAUUAUUGGCGGGUUCACUGUGAAAAACCCCAACAUGGGCUGGAGAUGGACCACUUACUUGACUGGCCUCAUUGGUGCCCUUGCGCUCUGUUGUGUUGUUUUCAUCCUCGAUGAAACACACCAUGGAGUCAUUCUAGCAAAGAAGGCCGAAGCUUUGAGAAGAAGAACCGGGAACUGGGGAAUCGGCGCUCCCCACGACGAGGUUUCGCUUUCGAUCAAAGAAAUCGCGGAAAAAAACAUAACCCGGCCCCUCAAAAUGCUUUUCUCAGAACCGAUCUUGUUCUUGGUGUCGCUUUACAACGCGUUCAUUUAUGGUCUUUUGUAUUUGUUCUUGACUGCUGUGCCUUUGAUUUUCGCAGGAGAGUACAGGUUCAGUAUGGGUAUUGCGGAGUUACCCUACCUCUCGAUGCUCAUUGGUGUUUUUAUUGGAGGAGGAAUUGGUAUCUUGAUGGAGAGAAGAUUUGUCAAAAAACUCGAAGCUAAUGGUGGUAGGCCUGUUCCCGAGGAAAGACUUCCACCCAUGAUGGUCGGGUCUGUUGUUUUCACAAUUGGUUUGUUCUGGCUUGGUUGGGCUGGGAGCUAUCCAGAUAAAGUACACUGGAUUGUGCCAACGAUUGGUGCCGCGCCUAUUGGUAUGGGCCUCAUUCUUUUGUUCUUGCCCUCAUUGAACUACAUCAUUGACUGUUACUUGUUUUUUGCUGCCUCUGCAUUGGCCGGAAACACGUUUUUGAGAUCUUCUUUUGGUGCGGCUUUCCCGCUUUUCGCUCGUCAAAUGUUUGAAGGAAUGCAAAUUAAGUGGGCUGCUACAUUGUUGGGCUGUUUCUCCGCAGUGAUGAUUCCCGUGCCAAUUUUGUUCUACAUGUACGGCAAAAAACUUAGAACAUCCUCCAAGUAUGCUUUUUAA